GUAAAUGGGAAGAUGAAAUGUGUCAUCCCCCUUGGACUUGGUCUCCAAUAAGAAACGGAAGGUUUGAAUGUGACAAUGUGAUUGAGACAGACAAACCUGUUGGGAUAUUGCCGGGCCAAACAUGCACAAUAAAAUGUGAAAACCCAACAAUAGACAAUGAAAUCAAAGAACUGGCAGAGAGUACAAUUAUUUGUAGAAAAAUUCGUGGAAAAGGACUGGGCUGGCAAACUAAAAAUGGAAAAAUUCUUCUUCUGGAGCACAUUCAAAAUAUCUGCGUGAAAGGUUGUGAAGGACCGCAUCCAGUGGAGAAUGGAAAUUACAAAAACUGUACAGUACAAGGAGAACCUAUUUUACUCUCAGAUGGAGUAUAUCCUGAAAACACCAUCUGCUACCUUGAGUGUGAUCACCCAUUGGGACCAACUUCACUAUUUUCAAGUCCAUCAGAUCAUGUGCUUAUGUAUAUAACUUGUGAAACAUAUAAGUGGGUAGAUAGACAGGGGAGAGCUGUUCCAACAAUUUCCCAAUCUUGUCCACCCCCACCCACAGGGGUAUUUCCUAGUGUAAAAAAAUGUCCUCCACUGAAAACUGAAUUGUUAAAGGGUGGUUCCUACAAAUGUAUGUUCCAAGGACAGGAAAUUAAGGAAAUGCUCCAGUAUCCGGAAUAUCCGGCAGGAAGUUCUUGUACUCUAGAGUGUGAACCAGGACUAUUUGAACGGCCUAUGUUUGCAGGAAAUAAAAUCUAUUGUAUUGAAGAAUUUGAUGGAACUAAGUGGCGGGACUUGAAAGGAGAAGAGUUUGAUUGGUCCAAGAUAAAUAAUGCUUGUCCACCUUCUUUUUGUCCAACACCUCCUCCUUUGAUUGAGUCUGAAGUGCAGUGGAAGUGUACAAAGUCGAAAGAGGGAAUAUUUACAGCCAAUGAUACCUGUAUUUUUGACUGUCAGCCAAGUGAUCUGAACGAGACAGAAUCUACUUUGGCAUCAACUCCCACAACAAUUGUCCAGAGCACCAUUACCCUAGAGAGCACACAGACCACAGCAAGUAUCCGAACCACACCCAGUCGAUCCACAACAGGUCGAACAACAACCAGUCGAACUACAACAAGGAGGACCACAACAGGUCGAUCCACAACUAGAAGUACCACAACAAGUCAAACCACAACAAGGAGGACCACAACAGGUCGAACCACAACCAGUCGAACAACAACUAGGCGGACCACGUCCACUACCAGUGAAACCACAUCUACUAAGCGGACUACAAGGACCACAAGAAGUACAACUGAAAGACCACAAUCCUCCGAUGUGCCAAACCUUAAACAUAUUGCCAGCUUACUUGGCAAUCAAGGAAUCUUUGGAGUAGAUGGCCCCAUAAAUAGUUUAGAUAGCCCUAUAAAUAGACUAGAUAGACCCAUAAAUAGACUAGAUAUACCCAUAAAUAGACUAAAUAUGGAGAGCUUUUACCCAACAAAUGACGAGAUAAAUUUUAACCUACUCGAGUUGAAAAACGAUCAUGGUACGCCUCAUAAUGGUCCUGUUAUUGUGAGUGAAUCCUAUACUAUUAUCUGCACCCAGAAAGGAUGGGUAGAGAAAACUGGGAACCAAGUAGCUCUCAUUGAUAUAUAUGAUCUUAAACUGAAAUGUUUAGAGAAAUUUAAUGUGACGAUGAAAAUAAGUUCAACUAUUGGAGAGCCUGUGAAUAAUGUUAAGAUGACCAGAAUUAAAACCAUGUCACCUCUUCAGCCUUCAACAACUUCCACUGUAUCUGGACCAACCCCGCCCCCUUGGGGAGAUUAUUCAUUAAACGCAAACAUAUUCAAUACCAGUGGAACAAUCAUAACGGAAAAUGUUGACAACGGAACAGCAAGCUUUUUACUUCCCGAAGGAACAUGGUUCUUUAAAAUACUGGAUGAUGACGACAUUUAUUUUCCAUUUUAUACCUUGGUAACAGUCAACUCUUCUAUCACAGUGGAUUUUAAACUAGAAUAUAAAGGAAAUCUCUCGUUUGAUGUUCUGGAUAGAUUAUCCAAAGCUAAGUUGGAUUCCCCCACUGUAUCAUGCUGGCAAGAUUCACAGAAACUGAACAUCACAGCAAAAACAGAUAUGUGUAAAGCAUUGAUGUAUGAAUAUUGUUUAAUUGAAAACCAGAACAAUGUAACAAGGUGUGAUGUGAACGAGAUUGUUGCAGAUUUUGAUAUUUGUAUGAACGGAACCUGGGAUGGAUUCAAACUUCCUGGAUUUGAAAUAUAUCAGGAGAAAUGGGAAAUAAGUAAAAACGGAACUGUGAACAGCUCUCUGACACUGAAUCAGGUUCCUUUAAGAGAUUACAAUUGUACCGGGAAGGAAAUCAGUGGGAAAUAUAUUCAAGAAACAAUAUUUAGGAGUCUUCGAAACAAAUCACAAUCUCUGAAAUUCUUUCUCCGUCAUUCUGGGAUCAAGGCUAGAAUCAACCUGACAGAUAUCAAGACUGGAGUGCCAAUAACCCAGUUUAAAAUGACGAUACAGGAGAAGGAUUUUGACACUAAUAAAACCAAGGAGACUAUUAUAGAUGUUGUGGAUGCGAAACAACUUAUAGGUUUACCAGUUGGUCCUGUAAACUUUACCAUUAGUGCACCCAAUUUUAAUUAUACGAAGGAACUCAGGAAUAUUACUCCAUCCACUCUAGUUAUAAGUUUGCAGGGAACUUUGAGGAAACCAAUGAAUUUGUUACUAAAAGACAACUUAUCUGGAAAACCUAUUCAAAAAAUGAAUUGGACCCUAAUGCAAGCUGGUGGUAUUCCAACUAAAGAUGAUUCUGACACAGGCCGAGGAUUUUUAUCGACCAUAUUUCCAGACAAACGGUCUUUUUUCAAUCUUUCAAAACUUUCGAAUGGUUUAAUGUCAGCAGCAGGCUACAGUGAGAUACAUGAUAAAAAUAUUUCAAUAUUCUCGAGAGGGAAUGUUUAUAUUCCUCUAGAUACUGGCAAAUAUGUUCUUCAGCUCUAUACUAGAGAUAUUAAUAAAACAACAAAGUUCACCAAUGGUUUUUACGAAAAUGAUGUUUACAACACACAAAACUAUUUUGAAGAUUUGCAUUUUUUCAACAUCUAUAAAACAGGAUUUGGAGACUAUCUUGAAAACACUACAGCAUUGAAGAAACGUGAUAAUAGAGCAGACAAUGGAGGUGUUAGUAAACUACUAAUGAGAGAGAUAGCUCUAAGUGUAUCUGUUUAUGAUGAUGAUUGUUUCAACUAUUGUCGGGAGGUGGAGAGGUGUGAUGUUAAACAAUGUCAGAGUUUAGACCCUGAUAGUGUUAUUGUUGAAGUAAAAUGUGAGAAAUGUGAUGAAAUUGAAGAACAGUUUAUGGAAAUAUCUCCAGGAAGAAAAAAUGUUAUUGAACAAAUAGGAUUUCCAAUCACUAAAUUGAAUAAAUAUCGAGUAAUUGCUUCUGAUUGGAGUAUAACCUGUAAAAAAAAGGGGAAUAGUAUGAAGGACUAUCUCCCCCCUCCAACUCAUAUCAGGAGCAUUAGGCAAAACUUAUUUGUCCCUUGUCUUUUACACAAAAAGUUGGAUAAAACUAGUUUGGAAGGAGAACUGGACAGUUUUGAUCCAUUUAUUAAGAUUGCUUUGGGUUGGGAUUCUCCGAACCUAGAGGUUGGGAAUGAUUUUAACCUCAAUGUUGUUGUUUUUAAUACAACAACAAACGAACCAGUUUGUGGGACAGCCCCUGUUGAUUUCAGAGGAUCAAAAUGUCAGCUGAUGACAGCUCUUGAGGCCCGCCAGUUAAGAACGAGACAGCUGACACUAAACUUAACAAAAGAAAUGCUGAAGGAGGAUGGUAUGUACGAGGAGGGGGAGGAGGAGGAGGAGUAUAAAGUCAAGCUGAAAGGGGAUAAAAAGAUGACAGAUGACAACUGGUCCUGUGAGAUGUUUAAUAUUGCUCGAGUCAUGAGAGACCGUUGCUGUUCUACUAACCCAGAACAAUAUGAAAGGUGCGUGAAUCAUGACGCUGAGACACAUGCUCACAUGGUGAACAAAGGCCAAGGUCUAGAAACUCUCAUCAUAUCACAAGAUAUACCUAAGGAUAGUAUUAUCAUGGUGUAUGUUUCGCAACCAGUUAUAUUGCCAAAACCCAGGAUUCAUGAUUCUAGUAUUGAGAUAUCCAUACAGUACAAGGAUAAAAAUGAAGAAAAAGUAGAACUCCUUACAAUCCCCCCAAGACUAAUAAAAGAAAAUAUGACGUCACAUAACAUCCUUCUUAUGAAAUGCAUCCAUUUAAGCAAGGAUGGAAGUGUAAAACUGUCUUCACCUCUUAAUAAUUGGAUGCAAGCCUUGAGACAAUACGAUUUUGAUCUAUCUGCGGUAUUCAAGGAUGGAACUAUGGUCUCUCAAUGUUCAAAGUGCAUGACUUUGUUUUGUCGAGAUAAUCCAAAUAUAGCAGAUACAUUCGGAGAGGGGUUGGGAGCUUCACUAUCCCAGAAAGAAAAAAGAAUGUGUUGCUGUUGUGCGGCGACUAUCGAAAUAGAUUUAAAAAAGAAGAAUAAAGCUACUGCAGCAAGGUUUAAAUGUCUAUACUCUGUGUCCGAAGUUGAAGAAUUCUGGGAUGAAUGUCCAGAUUUAAAGACUGAUAGAAUGAGAUUUAACAGAAUGAUGGGAUUAGACUUUUUAGCUUUGAUGAAUUAUGAUGAUGGAGGAAUAUCAAAUAAACCAGUUACUCAAGCGUCUGGGUUAAAUCGUAUGGAAGACGACUUGGUGGCGCAGCGGACUGUUCUUGGUGAUGGUUUAGAGACUACUGAGGAUCCUGAUCCUCUCUUUAUCUAUGAAGAGACUACUCAGGAUCCUGAUCCGCUCUUUAUCUAUGAAGAUGAACCGGUAGAUGUCCCAGUGAUACAGGAAGAACGUGGAAAUGAUUAUUCUGCAGAUGAAGAAGAUGAUGAAGUUAUUUUGCCAGAAUUGACACCUGCAGAGAAGGGCAUGAAUGAACCUUUGUUUAUGGAUGACCCUGGAGUUAAUAUAAAUGGAACUCCUGUGAAGGAAGGGCUUGAGAAUGAAACAAAUGAAAAUGGAGAUGGGGAAUCUUCUACACCUAAAUCAAUUGCACAGGAUAAAAAAGAAAGAAAAAGUCACGUAAUAGACUCAGCUACAGUAAAGGUUUCUUUAAACAACCCAACUGAAAAAGGUUCUGUAGUAGAAAAUAUGUUCUCCAGUCAGAUAAUUUCUAAAAAUUCUAAAAGAUUUAAAGAACCUGAAGUUGGAGAAGGUAGUAUAGAAAGGGCUAAAGAAUCUGAAACACUUUUCAAAAAUGAAAAUUUAGAUGAAACACCAGAAGCUGUAAAGGAAGAAAACAAGUUUGAUCCUCUUUCUGAAUCUUACAUUACUUCUUUUGCAUGGGAAGGAAAUAAGUUUCAGAAACAAAGGAUCCCAUUGAGUUCCCAGAGAAUGAUGAAGAAGCAUCUGAACCUACCAAUGAAAAGUAUCAAAGAUAUUAAAGAUUACAUCAAUGUUGGAGAAGGAAGAAUAGAUAACUCUGCAAUAGGACUCUCUAACCAGAUUAUCGACAACAGUGAAGAAAAGUUAGAUGGAAAUCAAAAUGUGAAUAUUGGUCCCUCUGAUAUAGAUAUUGGAACAAGAGAUUUAAAUCAGGAAGUUGAUUCAAAACAACCAAUGAUCCAGAUUGAUGGUAGUCAAGUACUUGACAAUAGUCAAGAUGACUUAACAAACCCUGAUCAAUUACCUAUUGAUGAUAGUAUAAAUGAUCCCCGUAAGGUUGAUACCAGGCUUUUGGCAAUGGACAACAAUCUAAAAGAUUCUGCUCAGGAAAUUCAUUUUGACCCCAUAUUAAAGAAAUCCGAGAGGGUAAAGUCAUUCAAAACCUUUGACCAUGGCCAUCAGAUACAGGCUAGAGAAAAAAAUCUGGACUUCAAAAUCCCUGAAACACCAAUAGACCCUUCCGUUUUGGUCAAUCCUGAAUCUGGAGUUUUUGACACUGACAAACAGACAUCAGGUCUUAAAUUCAAACCUGUUGUUUCAAUAUUAGACAAAGAAAAUCCAGAUUCAAUAGAGAAAAAUGAAGUCAGUCUAUUAACCCAAAAUAUUAGGGAAAAUGAGGGCUCAUUCCCAAAAAAUACCAAGAUAAAAGACAGCUCUUUUGCACAAAAUAAUAUAGAAAACGAGAGCUUAUUGACACUAAAUACUUUGGAAAAUGAAGACCUCUUAUCAAAAAUUACCAAGAAAUAUGAGGGCCCAUUAACUGAAGAUACUAUACAAGAUAAAGCUCCACUAUUAGCAAAUGCUGUCGAAGAUGAAGCUUCAAAUGCCAUGGAAGAUGAAGGCCUACAAAAAAGUGAUCUAUAUUCUGAUGUUAGGACUUCUCUAAUAGAAGAUAGGCCUAAGAAUUCAAGGCCUACUUCUAGGAUGAAAUCAAAAGAUUCUGAAGAAUCCACUUUAGAACCAAAAUCUCUGAAUCAAAUAAUUAACGAUCGUUUGAAAAACUUAGAAAAAGAGGUUAACCCAAUCCCUACAGACAUGAAACAUAUUCCCGAUGAAGUUCCUGGCUCAUUGUUUGAAAAACAAACCAUAAACAGAGACACAAAAAAUAGAAGAAAACUAAAUUAAUAAACAGCAAAUUUAAACAAUACAGUGUCCGAAUUUAAUGAAUUUAAGCCC